AUGAAGCCAAAGAUUAUAUCGUGGAAUGUCCGUGGGCUAAACGACAUUAAUAAGAGGCUCUGGAUUAGAAACUUGCUGCAGGAGUGGAAGGCAGACAUCGUUUGCCUACAAGAAACAAAACUAAAAAUGAUUGAUAGAAGAUUAGUGCGAAGUUUAUGGAGUGGAAUAUACAUUGACUGGGUUUUCUUGGCUUCGAAUGGAGUGUCGGGAGGGGUGGUAGUGAUGUGGGACAGGCGGAUGGUGGAAAGAAUGGAGGAUUUUAUGGGGCGGUAUACGGUGGCAUGUUCCUUUAAAUGCGUGUCCGAUAACUUUUUGUGGGCUUUUGCAGGUGUUUAUGGCCCGAAUCUAGAUACAGAUAGAAGGUUACUGUGGGUAGAACUGGCUGGGAUUCAUAGUUGGUGGGACAUCCCCUUGUGCAUAGGGGGAGAUUUCAAUGUGGUAAGAUUCCCAAGUGAAGUUUCUGGUUGUAGAAGAUUGCGGAUGGCUAUGGAAGAGUUCUCGGAGUGUAUUUUUGAAUUGAGCUUGGUGGAUUUGCCAUUAGCAGGGGGUACAGUGACUUGGUCCAACAAUCAGUCAUGGUCCCGAUUGGACCAUUUCCUAAUUUCACCAGAACGGGAAAGCCAUUUUCCGGAUGUAUGGCAAAAGCGUAUGCCUCGUAUUGGCUCGGAUCAUUGGCCUAUUAUGCUUGAUGGUGGAGGUAUUCGGAAAGGGCAGCGGCCGUUAAAAUUUGAGAAUAUGUGGUUGAAAGCAGACGGCUUCGUGGAUAAGGUCAAACAAUGGUGGUCUUCUUAUCAGUUCCAAGGGACUCUCAGUUUCAUCUUCGCGGGUAAAUUGAAAGCUCUUAAACGAGAUCUAAAAGCUUGGAAUGUGGAGUCGUUUGGCAACGUUGAGGAGGUAAAAAACUAA